CUGUGGGCCGCUGUGGCUGCGGAAAACUUGCACUGUGGCAUCAUGACAUGGUAUCGCAUACACAGAUGUCGAGUCGACCAUGGAGUUGGUACUUGGUGCUGAUUAUUUUACCACUAUGCGCUGUGGAGCUUUCCGCUUUCCCCAAAUCUCGGGCCUUGACUCUUCAGCCGCAUUCCUGCAAUCACAGCCACAAGUCUCGCAGAUGGGUAAAGAUAGAUCAAACCAACCGCAAUUGGGGUGAUGUUGCGCUUCCUGAUGAUGAUGGCCUUUGGCACUGGCGCUACGUCCACUAUCAUCAUGUUGCCUCAGCAUUAUAUAAAGGAGUUGACCCGCUGGAUUGGAUGAAUUUCUCUGGCUCGAACCACAAUCAGAUAUCAUUAUCAUAACCACCAUGCGCACGACUUCGUCAAUCUUCGCACUCGCCCUUCUCACGGGCAGCUAUGCCAUACCCCACGGGCAGCUCCAAAACCGACUGGCAGGUAUCCAAUGGGCCGAUUGUCCACCAGAACUCAACGCCUUCGACCCGCAUGGUCGCACGUUCGGGUGCGGAACAUUGGAAGUUCCCUUGGACUAUACAGGAGAAAUCCCUGGCACUCUGAAGCUUGACUUACUCAAGGUUCCAGCAAUGAAAGAGUCCAAGAAGGGGAGCAUCCUCUUCAACUGGGGCGGUCCUGGUGGCGAUGGAGUCUUCAACAUGGCCAGCGCAUCACCGAUAGUUCAGCCUAUGACUGGUGGUGAACACGACCUUAUCAGCUGGGAUCCUCGAGGUACCGGUGAGACGCUCGCCUACAACUGCUAUCCCAACGCCACCGAUAGAGCUGCAACUGUCCGUUGGCACCAUGGACAGUUUGCUAAUGCGAGCGAGGCUGCUCUUGGACGAACGUGGGCUGAGGGCAAAAUUCUUGCGGAUGAUUGCGCUGAGACGUUGAAAGAUAUUGGCAGCCUUGUCGGCACUGCUUUUACAGUCAGAGAUAUGUUCCAGAUCGUUGACGCUCUUGGAGAGGACGGGAAACUGCGGUACUGGGGGUUUUCAUAUGGCACUACACUUGGAGCGACGGCUCUGGCCAUGUUCCCCGAUCGGAUAGACAGGGCGAUCCUGGACGGCGUUCAGAAUCCUAUGCAGCACUAUCACACAUUCGGUGACCCUGAAAUGUACACGGAUUCCGACGAAACAUGGCAAGAGUUCCUCAAAGCUUGCAUGGAAAACCCGAACGCCUGCGCAUUGGCAAAGCACGCAUCGAGCGCCGGAGAGCUUGGUGAGAAGAUCGAUCGCCUCAUCGACAACCUCAAAGAAGAGCCUAUUCCCGCCGGACAGUCCAUCUUCGGCUAUUCGGAGAUCAAGGGCCUCAUGAUCGGCAAACUCUACUAUCCGUCCCAAUACAGCGACCUUGCCGAUCAGCUCGAAUGGAUGCUCACCCGGAAUAUCACGGCAUUCUCAGGCCUUAGCGGCAUAGAAGACCCACAAACUGUCGCCGCGGCCACCAGUCCCGAAGCUCUUUUUGGCAUCCGAUGCUCAGACAAGGUUCCGAGAACCGACAACCUCGAGCUCGUCCGUGCGGAACUCGAGGGCCAGAUCUACAGGACGAGCACUAUCUUCGGUGACACUCCCACCAACACCAUGACUGCCUGCGCACAGUGGCAUUUCGCGGCCAAGGAGCGGUACAGUGGCGACUUCCGCGUCAAGACCAGUUCUCCUGCGUUGAUCAUCGGGAACACGUGGGAUCCGGUGACGCCAUUAAAAUCGGCUCGGACCAUUUCCGAGUUGUUUGAGGGAUCGGCUCUUUUGCAGCAUAACGGCCAUGGCCACAUGACGAUUGCGCAGCCCUCUACCUGCACCUCGAAGCACAUUGCCGACUACUUCCUCACUGGAACACUGCCACAGCCGGGCACAAUUUGCGAGCCGGACACUCCGUUAUUCCACAAAAAACCUAAAUCUUCGUAAAGGGUGUGGGUUAGAACAUUUUGUCUCUAACUAUAUGUACUUCCUCAAUCAGUCGAGCAUUUCUUGUGCCAAUAGCGUCUGUAUUACGUCCCCUACAAGAUAUUAAUAAAUUAUACCUGCAUU